AUGACACUCAAGGUAUCAGACUCAGAUACGGCAGGCGUUGAUGGUACAGACUCCAUGGACGUGCGCGCGGAGAAGGAGACGGAUGGCGAAGGCGCGGGGACGUCUUCGGGACGCAUGUCUGCUCAAAAGUUUAGGCAGUAUUCGUCGAAGAGGCGAGGCGGCAUUGUCGCAGUGCAAGAUGGCGACGCUCCCAACUCAAGUGGCAUAUCGAGUUCCGCGACGACAGUAGGAGCUACUCGACUUCCAGCUCCAAGCAUCAAGACAGAUACGCAGUCCGUUCGUACGAAGACGCUGAAGCAGGUCCGCAAUACACUCGACAAGUCUUGGAAGUCCCUUCGCUGGCCCAUCUACGAGCUAAACGGUGAGGGAGAGGAGGCAGCGCUGGAUCUUGAAACGCGACGAGUCGAAAAGUCGCUCCUUAGGGCAGAUGGCACUCGGCGCAAACCCAUCAUUGAUUGGGCUCGAUCGUUCGCAGUGAGCUUCUUUCUGAACAUUGGCGGAUAUACGUUACCAACGGGUAAUAGGUUCGAGCGUUUGGACGUCGUACAUCCCUGGAGAGCAGGUUAUGGCGAGGAUCCUCGACAACCCAUCGGGAAGCUGACAACCAUCCCGGAAUCAACAUCCGAAAUCCAAAACUCUAACAUACGCGCGCCGCAAUCGUCCGGGAGUACAUGCUCGUCCAAAUACGGUUCUAUCGGGCCGGCAAAGAAACCCGCAUUCGUCCCGCCCGCACAUCCUUCUCCAGGCGCUUCCAUACAUUCCGACGAGCAAAGCGAGGGUCAACAGUGGACGGGCACGCAGUGGGAGGAAGAGCAGAGCACGGAGGAAGACGCCACCGACAGCGACUGCUCGCAGCGCGACGACAGCGACGUAGAAGAUUCGUGGGGAAGGGGUGAUGACAUCCCGCGCGACAUUCCCUUGCAGGUUGCGCCCGAUCAAAUCAGCGACCUGAGACCCAUGUUGCUGUACGAUAUACGGGUGGCUCUCCCAAAGACCGUACGAAAUCAGGGCUUCACGCUGCUCCAUAGGAUUGAUCAGGAUAUGCGAGAGUUACAACCUCAGCAGCUACCGUCUUGGAUUGAGACGUACUCUCUCAGUCAGUGGUACGACCUUCCUCUUGGGGCAAUCGAGUCGAGCAUGGGCUCGGGCAACGUCGUGAUCAUCCGCGAUUCCCAUCUGAACGCAGGCUGGAAGUUCGGCAUCGCGAGCGCGUCCAGGAUUCGGAGUGGAGCGACUCCCGUACAGGUUCAAGACUUCGCGAAUAAGUAUCGACCUUCCGGCGUAACUCAUCGCUGGGUAUCCCUUGCGGAUGUUGUGCAUGACGAUUAUCGCGAUCCGCAGAGGGUUUACAAUCUUUUGAGUGCGCCUCAAACCAGUCCUUUGGUUCCUAUUCCCCGCCAAAGUGAUCUUGAUUAUGGGAGUCUUGCUUUGAGAGCGAGAGAGGAAGCGCUAGACUCUGUCCGGGGUAGCGCAGAGUGGAAACUUGACAUCGACAUAGCCACCGGAUUGAACUGGGCGAUCAUAUCUCACAAACACGCCCUGUCGCUGGGACAUGUCGAUACUGCGGGAGUUCACACCGCUAUCGUCAUCCUCGACGGCGUCAAAUACUGGGCCAUACGGAAAACGGUUUUGGAGGGUCGGACAGAAAUCGAUGUUGAUGACGCCGAAUAUUUCGUUGAUCUUGCUGCGAGAGACAUCCGGAGCCUUCCCGGCGAACCUACGGAUUGGGUUGCCGUUCUUCUAUUCCCAGGCGAUGUACUUAUUCUGCCUCCCAACGCGCGACAUGCAGUCUUCACCGUUCUUGACAGCAUGAUGUCGGGGAUCCAUUUUUUCCAUUACACCCAGUUGCAACGGUCGCUCUGUGGUUGGAUUUGCUCGAAGUUCACAACGACACAAAUCUCGAACGCUGAGCAUGAUGUCUUCUUGUCGAUCUUUCAAGCUUUCGCCACGUUCUGGGUAGAGGGAUUCCGUUCCGACUCUCGCCUCAAGCUGGCUCCCGAAGACCCGGUCAUUCGCUCACGGCCUCAUCCCGAAAACACCUCACACGGACUUUCGGCUCUUCUGUCCGUCGGCGUCUCGAUCGCGUUCAACGACACGCUUUCGGGAGUUGCCAAACCCGUAAGAGGAAAGUAUCUCGACAACGACCUCAUUUCCUUUAAGAAGAUUUGGCAAGCCGUGGCUCGGGACGGACACGUUCAAGCAUCGGCGCUGAACUAUCCUGAAGGCUCGUAUCAGACGAUUAUCCAGAAGGCCUGGGAUCCCAGCGACGUUUGGGACGACCGUUGGAGUUGUGCUGGGUUGGCGGAGAUCCUGGUACAUGUCGCUCGUGCAAUCGUUCAUCUCAGUAUUCUGUGGCAGGAGAACCGGGAACCGCUGAAGUACCCCAAGAACUCCACACCAGAGGAGAUACGGCACUUCCAGAAGCAAGAGCACGAGGGCAACUGGCUGCGUCCGGAUCGUAUACGAGCGCGAGCGAUUGGAGACCUAUCCACAGCGCUGGGAGUCGACUUGGACGUGUGUGCCGAACUCGUGGGCUCUCUACGAAACUGCCGCAGGAUGAGGAAUACCAAGUUCUUCCCGGAUGCUAUAUGGGUUGUUCAUAAAGUCGGAACUCGCUCGGGACGUCCUCCGAGUCUCUGGGACGCACUUCACACCCAAGCUCCCAAUGCUCGGAAAGGUGGGAAAGGGCGUUGA